CAGUAAGUACGUCAUUUUUACAAUUAAAGCAUCAACAAUGAAGCCUUACUAGUAAUAUAUCUAGUAAACUUAAUAAUUUCGGAUUUUUGGUAACAAUUUUAAAUUCUGGAGUAAGUAUACGUAAAUAACAAACCUAAGCUAAGGAGCCUUUAUUCGACUGCUGGGAUUCGACUUCCUCCUUUCCAAUUUCAACAUGGCGGCCAGCAGCGGUACGAACAACGUGGGCGAAGACGGAUCAUGGCCAAAGUGGGCAAUCGCUUUGGCUAUCGGAGCCCCGGUUGCUGUUGGAUUGGCCGGAGCAUAUUACUAUACAAAGAAGAAGACGGGUGUGUCGGAGAGAAAAGACCCAGAAGGCAGAACGGACGAGAACGUGGUGACCGAAUCAAAACCACCGGAGUUGAGUCCUGCCGAGAAAGCCCAGUCUGAAAAAAACAAAGGCAAUAAGUACUUCAAAGGUGGUAAAUAUGAUCAAGCCAUUAAAUGCUAUUCCACAGCCAUAGAUAUCUGUCCAGAGGAAAAUACUAAAGACUUGUCAACAUUCUACCAGAAUAGAGCUGCAGCAUAUGAACAGUUGAAAAAUUACAAAGAAGUGAUAGAAGAUUGUACUUGUGCAUUAAAACUGAAUAAACAAUACACCAAGGCAUUAUUCAGACGAGCCAAAGCGUAUGAAAAAAUGGGUGAGAAGAUGAAGUGUUUAGAAGAUGUAACAGCUACCUGUAUUUUAGAAGGAUUCCAAAACCAGAACAGUAUGCUACUUGCCGACAAAGUACUCAAAGAUAUGGGAAAAGAAAAAGCAAAGAAGAAAUAUUCUACCCGCACACCUUCGAUGCCUUCCAAGCAAUUUAUCAAGUCAUACUUUUCCUCAUUUGCGCAAGAUAUCACAACACAACCAUUAGAAAGUUUACCUGUUGAGAAAACAAAGAGCAUUGAUAAAGUAGACAUUGAAAAAGACGCACAAGACGUGGAAUUGGUAGAGGAUGUAAAGAAUGAGACUGAUGGAGAAGAUGAAAAAGUAGAGGGUGACAACGAUGAUGAAGAUAAGGACAAAGAUGAAAGUGUGGAAACUCCAAAAUCCAGUGGAUACAGAAAAGCCAGAGAAUACUUUGAUAAUGAAGAUUAUGACAAAAUAAUUGAUGAAUGUACAAAAGAGAUUGAUAGUGAGGGACCAUGUAUGGCUCAUGCUGUGUUGAUGAGAGCCACUUUCUAUAUGCUAAAAGGACAGGCCAAUCUUGGUAAACCUGGCUUAGAUGAUGUUAUUGAUAUGGAAAGUGCUGAUAAAAUGUUAAGAGUAAAUGCAUUAAUCAAAAGAGGGAGUAUGUAUAUGCAACAAGGUAACUCAACAGAAGCGCUCAAUGACUUCGCGCAGGCUGUACGUAUCGAUCCAGAAAAUGCAGACAUCUACCAUCAUAGAGGACAGCUAAAUGUUCUUUUGGACCGAGUUGAUGAAGCACUCAAAGACUUUGAGAAAUGUGUGUCUCUAAACCCAGGCUUUGCCUUGGCCCAAGCACAACACUGUUAUGCAAUGUAUCGUGCCGCCUUUGCACAACGAAGUCCCAUGCAGUUACAGGCAGCAAUGAAUGCUUUUGAAAAAGUUAUAAAAGAUUUUCCAAAUUGUGCAGAAGGAUAUGCACUUUUUGCUCAGGCUUUGAAUGACCAGCAACAAUAUUCUCAAGCCGAUGAGAUGUUCCUAAAAGCAAUGAAGUUAGAACCUGAGAAUCCUACUACAUAUGUGCAUAGGGGAUUACUAAUGCUGCAAUGGAAGCAAGACGUAGAUACGGCUGUGAAACUGAUGAAGAAAUCACUAGAAAUAGACGACAAAUGUGAUUUUGCAUAUGAAACAUUAGGAACCAUUGAAGUUCAAAGGGGGAAUUUGGAACACGCAAUUCAGUUAUUUGAGAAAGCCAUCGAUUUAGCGAGAACUGAGAUGGAGAUGGCACAUUUGUACUCCCUAUUGGAUGCAGCAAUAGCACAGACUCGCGUUGCCACCAUGUACAAUAUCAGACCACCCAUGCAAUAAUGUCAUCUCUUGUACCCCAUAUCGCACACAGUGUGUGUGCUUUAACAGAACUCAAACUAAAUAACAAUUUAUGUAUAUUUAGUAAAACGAAAUAACAAAGAAGCAGUAGAUGCUUCGUUCAUUUAAUGUCUUCUCUGAAAAAUUUAUGGUUUUUGUGAAAUCUGAUUUAAAGCGUCAGAGAACCAUGCACUAAAUUGCAUUAUGUGGAAUCUACAUGUAUAUCCUUUCCAAGACCAA